UCAUGUGUUAAAAUUACCUGCACAAGUUUUUGAUCGAUUUUUUUAUGAAUCAAUAUCCAAAAAGUAAAUAUUUCUUUCCGAGUGAUUUUGAUGUUCAAUAAUUAAAUCAAGAUUAUAUAUUUUUUGGAAAUUUUAUUUUAAUAUUUAUUUUGAAGUAUAUAAUACAGAAUCUGAAUGUGAAUCGAUUCAACCACGUGUAAUACUUUACCUGAAUAUUCUUGGAACUGUGUAUAUAUACAUUUAGGUAUGAUUAUCACGGUCAAGAGCACAUUGGAAGCCUUGAGAGAACUCGGAAGUCAAAGGAGGACCUCCUCUUUCCACGUCAGACUUAUACCGUUAUUCAUUCGAAUUCUUUCAUCAUUCUAAUACUGAGGUACAUUGAACCAGUUCUUAUUGUAUUGCUGAAACAUUUUAACUAAGUUUAACUAAUUGUGAUUGUUAAUGUUCUCAAUCGAACAGUUGUGAUUACGUGUCAUUUUUAAGUGACACACGAGUUAAUGAGAGUAAAAUUUUUUUGUUAACUUUUUUAGAAUUUAUUUCGGGCUUUUGUUGAAAUAUACUUAGUUAUAAAGAAAUUGACAGUUUAAAAAGAAAAACUAAGUCUUCCUCAAUGACUGUAACUAAAGGAAAGCGAGAAAAUGGGAUCGUUCAUUCGAAUGGAACAAAUAAAAGUGAUGAAAUAAAUUCAUUUCAAAGUGUUAACGAGAAGAAGAUGAAGUCUAGAUUUUGGGCAUAUUUUUGGUGGUUUUUUGGCGGUUUAUUUGGAGCACAUCAUCUUUAUUUGGGCCGUGAUGCGCAUGCUUUUAUCUGGUUUUCAACUUUAGGGGGAUAUUUUGGUAUUGGUUGGCUUCGAGAUUUUUUCAAAAUUCCUACUUAUGUUGAUGAUGCUAAUGACCAUCCCAAAUAUGUAGAGUGGUUCAAAUUCAAUGUCCGUCACAAUAAAAAGCCACCGUUUUCUACAGUUCGUUUUGUUGGUGCUAUUAUAAUUAGUUACAUUUGGGGCCAAUUAACAUGGAUGGCUAUACCACAAGAAGAAAUUUAUGGAAUGAACUUGCGACCUUUGAUGAUCCUCGUUCCAUUUAGUGUUGCUUUAGGGGUAUGGGUUGUUGGAAAUAUUGGCAGAGAAGAAGGUUCACUUUGGGUUUCACUUGUUACUGCAUACAUGAUAUAUCCAACAUUAUAUUAUAUUGGAGAUGACAGCACAUGGUUAAGUUUGAUGGUUGUUCUAACUACUCUUGCCUUUGAUACUUUUAGUAAAAAAUGGCGUUUAAAACCACGAGAAAAACGUUCUCCAAUGAAACGAUGCUUAGCGUUAUCUUGUGCUAUUUGUUUAUACUUAAGUCUCUGGACAAGUUAUUUUUAUUUCAAUGCUGUUGUUACCGAUAGCGAUGGAGAAGAAAUACGCUUGUCAGAAGCUGUAAAGCAUUUCUUCACGUCUCCAAUUUGGUUAGAUUUAAAGACUACUUUAUGGUCGACAUGGGAACAAAUGAAGAAUCAGGGAUUUUGGGCCACAUGGCACCAGUUAAUUGAUAUGUCUGAUCUUCGAGGAGAGAUAAAUGCAUAUAGGGUGCUAGGUCUCUCACAAACUGCCUCAGAAAGUGAAAUCACAGCCAAGUGGAGAAGUCUAUCCAAAGAAUAUCAUCCUGACAAGGUGAAAGGUUCUGAUGAGGAACGAAGAGCGGCUCAAGAAAGGUUCAUGGAGAUUCAACAGGCUUAUGAAAUUUUGUCGAGUACAAAAAAUCGUCGACAACGACGAAAUCGACGUGCUGGAUGAUACUGAGCAUAGGAAAUUUUUUUUAGCC